AUGCAGAUUACCGCUGUCCUGUUUACUGUUGCUGCCUUCGCCAUGGGCCACGCCGCUGCCGCUUCGGUACCGCGCAACUUUAUCGACGGAAAAGGAAGUGCACUCUUCGGCAAUGCGGGCAAGGCGUGCAGCGUUGGUGCUCAAGACGGCGAAUGCGACCAGUUUGGUCGCUGUGUUCAGCAGAUUCCUCCUAAUGAGCAGUCCAUUCUGAACCAAGGCAAGAAUGUUGCCACUUGCACCGCAGGUGGACAGACCGGAACUCUUUGA